UCCCACUAACGUCAGGCAGGCUACGCAAACGGGAGAGUGCUGAGACGGUGGCUUCUUGCGCUCGGCGUUCGGUUCCUGAGUCGCGCGUGCCACCUCUAGCCAAUUAGCUGGGCGGGACUCAUUCGGCGUCUCCUUCCCCUGCCUGAGAAGGUCAAGUAGGGUGGACUCUGUGCUGGAGGUGACAGACCAACAUCCCUGAAAAUGGAAAAAGAAGCACCUACUGAGGCUCUGAAAUCCAUUCAAGAAUCAAUCCUUAAAGAAGAGACCAUUGCAGAAAGAAAAUGGGUGAAGCUUGAACAGACUACUUAUGUUGAUUCCACAGGUAGAACAAGAACAUGGGAAUCUGUAAAACGUACAACCAGAAAAGAGGGAGCUUCAGCUGAUGGUGUUGCUGUUAUUCCUUUGUUACAAAGAACCCUCCAUCAUGACUGCCUUGUCCUAGUGAAACAAUUUAGGCCUCCCAUGGGAGGCUAUUGCUUGGAAUUCCCUGCAGGCUUAAUUGAUGACAAUGAAACCCCAGAAAGUGCUGCUUUACGUGAGCUAGAGGAAGAAACAGGAUACAAAGGGGAAUUGGUUGAAUGUUCUCCAGCUUUAUGCUUGGACCCUGGAUUGACAAACUGUACCACACACAUUGCAACAGUCACCAUCAAUGGAGAUAGUCCUGCCAACUUGAAGCCCAAACAGAAACCUGAGGAAGGAGGUAUGUUGAAUGCUUAAGUUGCCUAUGGCUGGGAUCACAGAUAAGUAUGUUAGGUCUUUUUCAUAAUGUGCUUCUCUUUGAAGCUUUCUACAGUUCUUUGGACUUGUGAUCAAUAGCUAUUUUUCUGGAUAAUCAUCAAAUUCCAAUAUUUUUCAGUAACAUACCGACUGUGUGAGGAGGAAAGUUCAAAGGGAGUCUUUACUAUAGCUUAUUGAGAGUUUUAUAUCCCACCUAGGAUGAUCUGCAAGAAAGGGACCUUCCGUUUUAAUAAGUUUGGGAAAUCCUCUGCUUUCUCCUGAUUAGGUGAAGGGUAAGGGGUCCUGCCAUAACAGCAAAUGCAUUCACCCAGUGGCAAGCUACCAAAUGCGUUUGUUGACAUCUGCUUGUGCAAGAAUUCAGUUGAAGUUCUGUAGCAGCUCUCUUGCUUCUGUUUGUGCAAGAACUCUUGCAGAAGCAGAACAUCCUUGGAUUUAGUUUCAUUUAUGUUCAGUGCCCAGCAUGAAGUGUAAAAUGGCGCUUGCAGAAGAUACACUUCUGUGAGCUUAAAGGCUCCUUUGGAUCCAGCUGCAUAUUUCUUGCAAAUCAUAUUUGAAAGUGAGAAGAGGGUUUAUAUGAUCCUUAGUGUUCUUAGCAAAUAAAAAUCAAAAAACCACAGCUGCAAAGUUGAGUCCACUGUCUAAAUUGAGGAUCAGAACUGAAGCCCCUGCAGCCAGAUCUGCAGCUCUGAAGGAUGCCAACUUACCCUGCAGCUGCGAGCUUGAAGGCAAAAAAGCAUGGAGAAAGUGGCAACUGUGGUAACAGAGCUUGCUGGCAGUUCCUCUUUAGGGGGUGAAGGUUGAAGCACUCACACUUCUCAAGGUGACCUAGGAACACUAGUUGCUGGCUAGGGUUCUGUAGUGUAGAUAUAGUACAAGAAACUUUUUUGUUCUCCAACUUGUUGAUGGUGGUCCAGCCAUUAGAAGGCAAGCAGGCUUUUACCAAAAGAUCUGGCCUUGGUUGGAGUGAAGAAGCCUUGGAUGCAGGAGACAGUUAUGUUGACUCUGAAUGUGACUAGCUACCACCUUGGGGGUUUGGGGGUUGUUGGUUUUUUUGCAUUUUAAACUAUUGAGAAUUCAUUUUGUUCUUAAUCUGAUUCAGACUAAAAUGAAGUCACUUUGUGGAAUGUAGCAUGAAUUACAGUAUUUCCUAUUUUCUAUUCUCUCCCCCCCCCCCCCGCCUCAGAAUUUGUGGAAGUUGUUACAUUACCAAAGAAUGAUUUAUGGCAGCGAAUUGAUGAGCUGGUGGCAGAGCAGCACAUUAUAGUGGAUGCAAGAGUAUAUACGUAUGCCUUAUCACUGAGACAAGCAACAGAUAAGCCAUUUCAAGUGCCAUUCAUGAAGUUUUAGUGCACAAUAUAUUGUCCUCUCAAAGAAUUUUCCUGUAUCAAGUUCCAAUCAGCAAGAUAACAGUAAUCAUUUUUAAAGGCAUCUGUUUAUAGCAUCUUACCUUGAAUAAUGUAACUGACCUAUUUACUGUAGAAAAUUUUUUAAUUCAACUUCUUACUGUAGAAAAUUUUUUAAUUCAACUAUCAGAUCAACUAGAAUUGUCAGAAAAUAAAUAUUCUACCAUCUGUCAGUAUAUAAGCAUAAUUAUGUCUUGACUAGAGAUGAAGCAUUUGAGCCUUUUCUCUGAAAUUAGUGUAAGGAAAUUCUGCCUGAUUGGUUUGGAUCUAUUUGAAAUGGUUUUGUAAGUCAAGAUUGUGUUUUUCAUCUCAAGCCUGCAACUUCAAGAUGAAAACCAUGCAGUCUCAAUGCAUUACUGAAGCAGCUGCAUAUGCAGCUUAAUUGGUUUAAAAUUAUAGAGUAGUUUCAUCUAAGGACAUUAAUUGGGACUACUCUGAAACUUAGUGGUUACAGCAUUACAGUGUUUUGGUUGCACUUACAUAGAAGUCUGACCUUUCCCUAUUAUUACCACCCACCACCUCAGUUGUCUGUCUAGUGGGUUUGAAGUCCAGGUUAAGAAAAGCACACAUACAGCUGUUGGAUCUGUGGAAGCAGCACAUGAUGUUGUCCUAUCAGUAUCACCACAGGAGCCGUGUCCUACUUGAAUGCUUAUUUGUUUGCUGCUUGUUUUUGACUAGUGGCAAAUAGCAUCACCUUUUGGGAGCGAAAGUUAAUGUCAUAGUUAAGAUACUGAGCUGCAAAACGAUUCCUUGUCCAAUUCAAGCAAACCAGUAUUUCAGCCCCCAUAUCUGCAACAGAAUAAUAUUGCUCUACUCUUAAAGGAGUAUUUAAUGAUCACUGAGACAACAUGUGACACUUUGAACAAGCAUCAUUUUAUAUUUGAAAUUUUCUACUGAUGUUCCAGUCUUGAAGCAAUUGGGACUUAAGUCAGUCCAGUAAUUUGAGAGAACACAAUUUCUGAAUCUUUACAUACAGGUAAGGUUUUUUGUGUUGCUCUGAAAGUCUUACUUAAAUUUAACUGAUCAGUAACUGUAUCUUAAGAACUAAACCUGGACUGAAACGAUAUCCGUUCAUAGUUUUGUUAUUUGAGAGAAAUACUGCAGCAGUGCCGUUCUCCAAAAGUACUGUUACGCUUGUGCACUUUCAUGAGUAGAGACAUUAGUCAAAUCUUUCAGCAGUUCUCUUGAUUAGGAAUCCAUCACUCCACUGCACACAUGAAAGAAUAGAACCCAAGUUCUCAUAAGAUUGUAUCUUGGUCUGUGGAGGCAAGGAUGAAGCUCUCCUAAGGACCUAUCUUUAAUCUAUUGAUCCAGCUGUGCAUAGCAACAGCUGUCCAAAAUCUUUCCUAUUCCACAAUUAAAUAUACCUGCAAAGCAUGUGUUCUAGAGUUAUAGCUGUUGCUUCCUUCACUCUCCACCAGUGUGUCAAUACACAAGAGAGCCAACUUAUAAGAUUACAAUAUUGCUGAAUUAUUUCUUUAAGAAUCUCAGAGUACAACCAAAUCCUGUUUGAAAGAUGGUCUGAACACACCAUCUGAAGGACCACUUUUUCUCUUAUAACCCCACCCCCCCACACACACACCUUUUAAAGUCCUUAACUGAGUUAAUACAACUUCAAAAGAAAAGGACCUUUUGUAUGGUGGCACUCCAUUUAUUGAACUGCCUCUGAUAUAUUCAUUUGGACCCCUCUCCCAUGUUUUCCUGAUGGCAACUGAUUAAGAGUGUUUUUUCAAGCCUUUGUGGAGAUAUGGAGACAUUCAGAUUUACUGCUGCUAUUAAUAUAUAGCAAAUAUAACAAUAGUUCUACAGUGAUAGGUUCACUUGUAAGCCACCUUAAGAGGCAGGGUGUGAUUUUUAACAAAGGCAAAAAAUGAACAGGACUGGCUACAACAAUCAUGACCACACAAUGCUGUUUAUAUACCUAAACAGGGUUAUUGCACUGAAACAACCUGUAAUUGUAAAGCUGAACUCUUUAAGGCUGCCAGAAUUAAAAUUUUAAACUCUU